GUCCAAUAUGGCGGCGCCCAGGCGGGCCUCGAGCUAGGGUGACGACGAAUCUUCACGCAGUAGUUCUGGAAAAGUCAUACCUAGGAAGCAGCUGGAGUGUCAAAUCAAGAUGCUGUCCAGACCAAAACCAGGGGAGUCGGAGGUGGAUCUGUUGCAUUUCCAGAGUCAGUUUCUUGCAGCUGGUGCAGCCCCAGCAGUGCAGUUAGUGAAGAAAGGAAGUAGGAAAAGUGGUGAUGCUACCCGAGACCAGUCUCCAUUGCAGGACCAUCGAGAUGUAGUGAAGCUGAACGACUUCCCAGAUUUACCACCAGCUUUGGUUCCUGCUCCCCCAAAGAGAGCCAGGCCUAGCCUUGGCUGCCCCCUGCCUGAGGAUGAGGACCCUGAAGAGAAGCUAAAUAGGCAUGAUCAGCACAUCACUGCUGUCUUGACCAAAAUUAUUGAACGAGAUACAAGUUCAGUGACUGUGAAUCUGCCUGUGCCCAGUGGUGUUGCUUUCCCCGCUGUAUUUCAUCGCUCACAAGAGAACCGGGGGAAGCUGGUAACAUCUGGUAAGAGAAGCAUCUUUGCCCAGGAGAUUGCAGCCAGGAGAAUGUCUGAAAGUAGGGUUCUAUCAGCUGAGGAAGUUGUGCCUAACCUGGAUCCACCAGAGGGUGCUGUGACCUGUGAAACACCCACUCCUAGGGACCAACGCGACCAUAUUCUGGGGAACAGCCACAGCUUUCAGGGACCUCAUCUGAUCACAGGGAAGGGGCUCAGGGGCCAGGAGGCUCAACAGGAAGCGCAGACCAUUCACAAAGAGAAUGUAGCAAGACUGCAAGCCAUGGAUCCUGAGGAGAUUCUGCAGGAGCAACAGCGUUUGCUGGCUCAACUUGACCCCAGCUUGGUUGCCUUUUUGAGAUCUCAUAGCCGCACCCAUGAGCAAAAGGGAGAGAAGGCCACCAAGGAACAGAGGCCAGGAGAACCCUCAGUUCCUGUCACCAAAGAGGAGCCCAUCAAGUCAGCUUCUCCUAGUGAACUAACCAAAGAGGACAAGGUGGAGCCAGGAGUCCCAGCACUGACAUUGCCUGUGACCCCCCACAAAGAAUGGCUACACAUGGACACUGUUGAGCUGGAAAAGCUCCACUGGACCCAGGACCUGCCCCCACUCCGGCGGCAGCAGACACAGAAGAGAAUGCAAGCCCGCUUCAGUCUUCAGGGAGAGCUGCUACCCCCUGAUGUGGACUUACCCACCCAUCUAGGCCUGCAUCACCAUGGAGAAGAGGCAGAGAGAGCAGGGUACUCUCUACAGGAGCUGUUCCACCUGACCCGCAGCCGGGUGUCCCAGCAGAGAAUACUAGCACUGCAUGUGUUGUCCCAGGUCAUUGGCAGGGCCCAGGCUGGUGAGUUUGGGGAGCAGCUAGUGGGCAGUGUCUUACAACUCCUUUUGGAUGCUGGUUUCCUCUUCUUACUGCGCUUCUCCCUGGAUGACAGAGUGGAUGGAGUCAUUGCAGCUGCUGUCCGGGCUCUUCGGGCUCUGUUGGUGGCUCCUGGAGAUGAGGAGCUCCUUGACAGCACCUUCUCAUGGUAUCAUGGAGCUUCGGUGUUCCCUCUGAUGCCCAGCCGGGAGGACAAGGAAGACGAGGGUGAGGAUGAAGAACCCCCAGGAGAAAAGGCAAAAAAGAAGAUGCCUGAGGAAGGACACCGACCUCCACCUGACCUGGCCCGUUAUGAUGUCAUCAAGGGACUCCUGGCUACCAACCUGUUGCCUCGGCUACGGUAUGUGCUGGAGGUGACCUGUCCAGGACCCACUGUGGUCCUUGACAUCGUGGCUGUGCUUAUCCGCUUGGCCCGGCAUUCCUUGGAGUCAGCCACAAGGGUACUGGAGUGCCCACGCCUGAUAGAGACCAUAGUUCGAGAGUUUCUGCCCACCUGCUGGGCCCCCAUUGAGGGAGGACCUACCCCUAGUCUACACAAAGUGCCUUGUGCUGCUGCCAUGAAACUACUUCGAGUCUUAGCCUCGGCUGGUAGGAAUAUCGCUGCCCGGCUGUUGAACAGCUUUGAUCUCCGGAGCCACCUGUGUCGCUUCAUAGCUGAGGCUCCCCAAGAACUCUCCUUACCCCCAGAAGAAGCCGAGACACUGUGCACUGAGGCUUUUCGUCUGUGGGCUGUGGCUGCCUCCUAUGGCCAUGGCAGUGAGCUUUACAGGGAACUGUACCCAGUGCUCAUGCGAGCCUUGCAGGCUGUGCCCAUGGAACUCAGCAACCACCCACUUCAGCCACUGUCCAUGCAGCGGAUAGCCUCCUUGCUUACUCUCCUCACCCAGCUGACCCUGGCAGCUAGCAACACCUGUAAUGAAUCCACCAGUGACCCUGGUGUCUACCUCUCUGCACCUACUUCCUCAGUCACUUGGACACAGGUAUCUGGACUCCAGCCUCUGGUGGAGCCAUGUCUAAAACAGGUCUUGAAGCUGCUUCCCAGACCUGAGAUGUGGAGUGCCCUGGGCCCAGUGCCCACUGCCUGUCUGCUUUUCCUGAACGCUUAUUACCAGACCUGGAGCCAGCAGCCAAGCUUGUGCCCAGAGGACUGGCUUCAGGACAUGGAGCGCCUUUUGGAGGAUCUGUUGUUGCCUCUGAUAAGUCAGCCCCCUCUGAGCCGCCUGUGGGAUUCCCUCAGGCACUGCUCCCCUCUUUGUAACCCGCUGUCUUGCACUCCGGCCCCUGAAGCUCUCUCCAGUCUCGUGUCACUGCGCUGCACAGGAGGUUGUCCGUCUCUCAGUCUGGCUGGGUCAGCCUCACCCUUCCCAUUCCUCACUGCUCUCCUCUCUCUAUUCAACACCCUGGCCCGGAUCCAUAAGGGCAUAUGUGGCCAGCUGGCUGCUGUAUUGGCUGCCCCAGGACUCCAGAACUACUUCCUCCAGUGCGUGGCUCCUGGGACUGCCCCACACCUCACACCGUUCUCUGCAUGGGCCUUGCGCCAUGAGUACCACCUGCAGUACCUGGUGCUCUCCCUGGCCCAAAAAGCGGCAGCAUUCCAGCCAGUGCUGACCACCAAUACUGCCCUUCUUCAUGCUAUGGCCUUGGCCCUGCUGAGCCGGCUGCUGCCUGGAAGUGAAUAUCUUGCCCAGGAGCUGCUGCUAAGCUGUGUGUUCCGCCUGGAGUUCCUCCCAGAAUAUGCAUCCGGGGGUCCAGAGGCAGCUGACUUCUCCGAUCGACUCUCCUUAGGGAGCAGUGGGGACCCUCAGUGUGGGCGAGGAGCUCUUCUAGUUCAGGCCUGCCAGGACCUCCCCAGCAUCCGCAGCUGCUACCUGACCCACUGCUCACCAGCCCGAGCCAGCCUUCUGGCCUCCCAGGCUUUGCACCGAGGGGACCUACAGCAAGUCUCAACUCUGCUGCUACCUGUACCUAAGGAGACUCUGCUGCCUACCGACUGGCCCUUCCUGCCAUUGAUUCAGCUCUAUCACCAAGCUUCCGACACUCCCUCAGGAGUCCCUCCUGUGGACACCCUGGGCACAGCCAUUCGGGUCCUGCAGUGGGUGCUGGUUCUAGAGAGCUGGCGCCCUGGGGCCCUCUGGACUGUGCCUCCUGCUGCCCGCCUGGCACGGCUCAUGUGUGUGUUCCUGGUGGACAGUGAGCUAUUCCGAGAGAUCCCAGUACAGCGUCUAGUUGCAGCCCUCCUAGCCCGGCUCUGUCAGCCUCAAGUCCUACCAAGCCUCAACCUGGACUGCCCACUGCCUGGCCUGACUUCUUUUCCUGACCUAUAUGCCAGCUUCUUGGAGCAUUUUGAAGCUGUCUCUUUUGGGGAUCACCUCUUUGGAGCUCUGGUCCUCCUUCCCCUGCAACGUCGAUUCAGUGUCACCUUGCGCCUUGCUCUCUUUGGAGAGCACGUGGGAGCCUUAAGAGCACUGGGCCUGCCUCUGAAUCAGUUGCCAGUGUCCCUGGAGUGCUAUACGGGCCCUCCCGAAGACAACCUGGCCCUCCUUCAGCUCUACUUCAGGACUCUUGUUACUGGUGCACUCCGUCCACAUUGGUGUCCUGUACUCUAUGCUGUAGCUGUGGCUCAUGUCAAUAGCUUCAUCUUCUCCCAGGAUCCAAAGAGCUCAGAUGAAGUGAAAGCUGUCCAAAGAAGUAUGCUGCAGAGAACUUGGCUGUUAGCAGAUGAGUGUCUCCGGCAGCACCUCCUGCACUAUAAGCUUCCCAGUUCCAGCCUCCCAGAGGGCUUUGAGCUCUAUUCCCAAUUGCCCCCUCUGCGGCAGCAGCACCUCCAGAGAAUGGCCUCAGGUGUACUACAAAAUGGAGUAUCAGAGACCUAGGACAGUUGCUACAGAUGGGAAGAUGGAUACAUUCUCCAGGGGCUUACCAGUGGACACCUGGUUGGACAGAAAAGCAUCACUUCCUAGAGGAAGCAAGACACAAAGGAGCAGAAAGCUUCCUGUCCUGAGAACAUGUUAUUUGAGCUUUUUUUGAACAGAAUGGUCCUUACCAUUACAUCCUGGUACCUGGAGCGCAGGAUCUGGGGUUUCUGAGGGCCUGUGCUGCGAGUGAAGGGUGACUUAGUUGUUUACCCCCCCUUUUGAGAUAAAACAUUCUACAUACAUCUCAUCUACUAUGUUGUGCAUUGAAAUAAAUUCUUUUUUAGUGUC